CGAGUUCAUACUCUAACUUAAUAUCAAUAUAUGUAUCUUUAAAUUUCAUUAAUAUCUUUUCAUUAAAUAAAUAAUUGGUUAAAAAGUGUUAGUAAUUCAUUUUCGGGAGCAAGGUACUAUCCUAGGCUUUCGGAGCCCUUACAGGUCAGAAGUGAGAUGAGUCUGCGCAUAAGACUGUGAAAUUUCGCGAGCAACGGUUUGUUGAGACUCCGCUGGGCAAGCGUCGGUGCUCCGCUGGCAUUCCGAGUAUUUUGUUGAACGUUGAAUUCAAAUACAGUGGGCAGAACGUUAAUUGUCCAUUAGCGAAAAAGGGAUAAUCGAGUUAUAUCCCUGAACGGUAGCGAAAACAUGUAAGCGUAAGUGUAACGACAACGUGCCACUUUAAUGAACAAAACAAAACGAUUUAAUUCUAAUUAGAAUUCUGUGCAAAACACACACAAUCGAACAAACGUAAAUAAUCAAUAUGGCGGUAGUAAAAAUCAGUAGUCUGAAAUUAUCUGAAAUAAAAGAAUUACUUAGCGAAAGAGGUUUAGAAACGGAAGGGCAUAAAAAUGAACUAAUUUUGCGACUAAGUGAAGCGGUUGGUGCGGACGUGAUAGAAUUCACACAAACGAAUGUGCAAGAUCAAAUAAAUGAGUUGCGCGAAAUGUUUACCUCGGUGCUGCAGCUGAUGCAGUCUAAUUCGAAUACGACAACGAAUGAUAACGUGAGUAACUUAAAUUCGUUUGCGGAACAAGCACGUUUAGAAUCACCUAGUACAAGGGCGACUAAAAUUAAUUAUUCUGUAAAAGAAAUUGCUGAAACGAUACCAGACUUCGAUCCAACAUCCGAAUCGUCAAUCACGGUUGAGCAGUUUGUAGAUAGAGUUAAUGGUGCUAUGAGUGCCUAUAAGUGGGAAGAAAAGUGUUUGUUGCUGGCUGUUUAUAGUCGACUCAAAGGCGCCGCGAAAAUUUGGCUCAAUUCGACAGACAAAUUGUAUUCCAAUUGGAACGAACUUUCAACGAAGUUGUGCGAAGAGUUCAGCUGCAUACCAGAUGAAGCUGACAUACACUACAAAAUGAGUCAGGCAGUGCGUAAGCCAAAUGAAAACUUAUUAGACUAUUGCUUUCGCGUGAGUGCAUUAGGGAAACGAUUUACAUUGAGUGAGUCUGCAAUUGUGAAAUAUGCUAGAGAUGGGUUAAAACGAACUACAAACGGCUAUGGCCACUACUCGUUUUAA